AUGAAUGAGCUUGUAUUAGAAUUCAACCCUCCUCUGACCGUACAACGCGUUAAAAAUGCUCUUCAACGGAUCUUCUUUGGAUUUUCAUUUGAUACCGAUGGGUCUAUCGACGAUCACCGUAAAUAUACUAUUCCGACCAAUGUAAAUCGACUUCUUGCUAUUAAUAUGGAAGACAAAGAUAUUGGGCAAUGUGUCGAAGAACUACGAGCAGUGUGCGAUCAGAUUCAUCCUGAUCUAUUCGAUACGGUUUUCAGAAAAGCUGAUGUGAACGAAUCAGGUCGAGAUAAUUUGGAUCGCCUCUUCAAGCUAACUCAAACACCCGACGAAUUACGUCAAUGUGAUUACUAUCAAUUUGGAGCUAACGCUCGUAGUGAAGUCCCUUUUAUAUGUGUAUGGAUUACUCGGCUUACAGAAAUUCCAUCUUCGUAUGAUGAUUUUUUUGGACCAAGAUUCCAAAAAGAUGAACAUUGA